AUGCAGUACCCAGGCUCUGCGCUGCGCCUGACUGCCAGGACGGGACCCUGCCUGUGCCAGAGCCAUCCUGCAGCCCUCAUCUGUGGUCCUGGUGCCUGCACCACCCAGGCACAGCAUCAGGGGAAGGUGCAGAGGCGGGGGCCGCUGGGUGGCGCCGGCGAGGGGCCGCUAGGGGGCGCCAGCGAGGAGCCGCUGGGUGGUGCUGGCGGAUGGCCGCUAGGGGGAGCCAGCGAGGGGCCGCUGGGUGGUGCCUGCGAGGGGCCGCUAGGGGGAGCCAGCGAGGAGCCGCUGGGUGGUGCCGGCGGGCGGCCGCUAGGGGGAGCCAGCGAGGAGCCGCUGGGUGGUGCCUGCGAGGGGCCGCUAGGGGGAGCCAGCGAGGAGCCGCUGGGUGGUGCCUGCGAGGGGCCGCUAGGGGGCGCCAGCGAGGAGCCGCUGGGUGGUGCUGGCGGGCGGCCGCUAGGGGGCGCCAGCGAGGAGCCGCGGGGUGGUGCCGGCGGGCGGCCGCUAGGGGGCGCCAGCUCCUCGCAGCUGCCCUCCGGAGAGCAGCCAGUGACCUCCUGCCUUGGCUUUGUUCUCCCUCUGUGGCAGCUCAGCAGAACCACGAAGCAAGCCCGGCUCAGGCUGGCCUCCUGCAGAACCAUCCCCCCAGGACUGGGUCCCCCCAAGCUGCCUGGUGCUGUCUGGAGGCAAGAGAGCCCAGAGCCUUGUGAGACCCCUGCAGAAGAUGAGGGCAAGGAGCUGCUUCUGGCAGGCCACCAGGAUCCCCCAGCUGGGCUGCAGGAGCAGGGCCCAGCCCUGCCCAAGCCAGAGGAUGACUUCUACAUCAAAGUCGAGUUUCUAAAGUUGUGUGAUGGCUCAGUGAGGGACUCCAGCUCACCUGAACCCCCCCAGAAGCCCCACACCCAUUGCCACACUCCUCUUGUGCUCUGGGCUGGUGUAGACCAAGAGGAGACCAAGAAGCAGCGCCGGCGCCAGCAGCUGCGGCACCGCAGCCUCCUGAGGAGCAUCGAGCGCCAGCAGGUGAGGGAGCAGCAGAGGCAGCAGCAGAGGCAGAGGAGAGUCACUCAGAUUAAGAGCAAGAAGGAGAAGCAGCGCUGGGUGGAGGAGCAGAGGCUGAUGCAGAUGGCUGAGCAGAGAGAGCCCUCCCCAGGUGAGGCCUCUGAAAGCUUGGCCCAGCUUGAACUGGAGGAGAGGAGAGUGGAGAAGGCUGAGGGGAAGGAGCAGCGGCACAAGGAGCGCCUGAGGUACCUUGAAGCUCUGAGAGCCCAGCUGAGGGAGAAGAUGAAACUGUGUCACAUUGACCUGCCCCCCCUGUGCUCCUGUGGCUCCAGCUUCUGGGACUCCCACCCAGACUCCUGUGCCAACAACUGCAUCUUCUACAAGAACCACAAAGCCUACCGCCGUGCCCUGCGCUCCCUCCUCUCGUCCUGCCAGCCCCAGGGGAGGAGCUCCUGUGCCCUGCCGCCGCUGCGGGACCUGGCUGCUGCCUGCGGGAAGCGUCCGGGAGGGGCUGGCCGCCAGCCCUCGUCCCCUCCUCUACCUCAGCCGUUGCUGUAAGGGGGGAGCAGGGCCGGGCCGUGUCCUGUCUGCUCCUGCCUGGCCUCCCUCCAUCCUGCAGGAUCACCCCUUUGCUGCUCAGCUCCGAGCUGCCCCGCUCC